AGAACCAAAAUGAAUGCUCACGACGAAGUCCAGCGCACACUGAAUCCUACUUGUACCGGAACAUCGGUUAUCGCUCUCCAGUAUAAAACUGGGGUUGUUGUCCUUACUGAUCGAGUUGUUUCCUAUGGAAAAAUGGCUCGUUACAAGAAUGUUUCUCGUCAAUACAAGGUCAAUGAUAAUGUUCUCAUUGCCUUCGGAGGAGAUCACGCUGACUUCCACUGGCUUCAAAAUGUGAUCGAGCGUCAGGUUCUUCUCUGGAAGCGCUUCGAUCAGGAUAUUGGACCAAAAGCUCUCCACGGAUACCUCACAAGCCUUCUCUACGCCAAACGUUGCAAGAUGAACCCAGUGUGGAACACACUUGUUGUCGCCGGAGUCGAAGAGGAGGAGAAGAACAACAAGGAGACUAGCACACCUUUCAUCGGUGUCAUUACUCAGAAGGGAUGCGCAUAUCAAGUGAAGCACAUUGCAACUGGACUUGGAGCGUUCCUCCUCAACCAAGCUGUUGAAGAUGAGUGGAGAAAGAAGGGAGAAGACCUCUCCCGUGAAGAGGCAGAAGCCGUGCUUCGCAAAUCGCUUGAACUUACUCUCUACCACGACUGCGUCGCUGACAAUGAGUUCGAAAUCGGACGUGUUGAUGCGACAGAAGGUGUCGUUUUGGGUAAAGAAGAGAAGAUUAUUGGUGACUGGUCGAUUGCCGAGACUAACUGUCAAUAUGAAUAAGUUUUCCCCGGUGUGCAGGAUGCGUUUCAGUAUCUCCAUGUUUAACUUAUUUGUAUCCUUCUUUUCAAAACAUUUUACUCUCUCCAACCCACGUUUUCGGUGUAAAUUUUAUUUAUUUUCGCGUGAAGUCGAUAAAUAAACUUCCAUUUAAUCCUUCU